AUCGGACCCCCUCCCCCGCCCGCCCGCCCUCGGAUUUCUAGGGUUCCGGGGUGAUUCCUACAUGCGAUCCUCCGCGAGGUGGUGGUAGUAGGAGGCCCCGAUUUCCUAUCGCGAUGUACAGCAACUUCAAGGAGCAGGCGAUCGAGUACGUGAAGCAGGCGGUCCACGAGGACAAUGCCGGGAACUACGCCAGGGCCUUCCCGCUCUACAUGAACGCCCUCGAGUACUUCAAGACCCACCUCAAGUACGAGAAGAACCCCAAGAUCAGGGAGGCCAUCACCCAGAAGUUCACCGAGUACCUCCGCCGCGCCGAGGAGAUCCGCGCCGUGCUCGACGAGGGCGGCCCCGGCCCCGCCUCCAACGGGGACGCCGCCGUCGCCACCCGCCCCAAGACGAAGCCCAAGGACGGGAGCGGCGGGGACGGGGACGACGCGGAGAAGGAGAAGCUGAGGGCCGGGCUGAACUCGGCCAUCAUACGGGAGAAGCCCAACGUGAAGUGGAACGACGUGGCGGGGCUCGAGAGCGCCAAGCAGGCCUUGCAGGAGGCGGUUAUAUUACCGGUUAAAUUCCCUCAAUUCUUCACUGGCAAGCGUCGUCCGUGGAGGGCGUUUCUUUUGUAUGGUCCACCUGGAACAGGAAAGUCAUAUUUGGCGAAAGCUGUUGCGACCGAAGCAGACUCUACAUUUUUCAGUGUUUCUUCCUCGGACCUUGUAUCAAAGUGGAUGGGUGAAAGUGAGAAAUUAGUUUCCAGUCUUUUCCAAAUGGCUCGUGAAAGUGCUCCAUCCAUCAUCUUCAUUGAUGAGAUUGAUUCUUUAUGUGGUCAACGUGGGGAAGGCAAUGAGAGUGAAGCUUCUAGACGUAUCAAAACCGAACUUCUCGUCCAAAUGCAGGGUGUAGGACAUAAUGAUGAGAAAGUUCUUGUUCUUGCAGCAACAAAUACUCCAUAUGCUCUCGAUCAGGCCAUUCGUCGGCGUUUUGACAAGCGCAUAUACAUUCCUCUUCCUGAUACGAAGGCUCGACAACACAUGUUUAAGGUUCAUUUAGGGGAUACUCCCCACAAUUUAUCUGAAAGUGAUUUCGAAAGCUUAGCUCGCAGGACAGAGGGGUUUUCUGGUUCGGAUAUAGCUGUUUGUGUUAAGGAUGUCCUUUUUGAACCGGUGCGCAAGACCCAGGAUGCCAUGUAUUUCAUAAAGACUUCCAAUGGCAUGUGGAUGCCAUGUGGACCAAAGCAACCUGGUGCUGUCCAAAUCACCAUGCAGGAGCUGGCAGCACAAGGACAAGGUUCACAGAUCCUUCCGCCCCCGAUUUCGAAGACAGAUUUUGACAAAGUGCUUGCAAGACAGAGGCCGACAGUGAGCAAAUCUGAUCUAGAAGUUCAUGAGAGAUUCACAAAGGAGUUUGGUGAGGAAGGUUGAUAGGUGCCAAUUCAUACUAGAUGUGAGCCUGAUCGCCUAUUUGUAUUUUAAGUUUGUUUAUUGCUGCUGACACGAUGAAUUAUAUCCCUAGCUUCUUUCGGUUAGGAAGAUGAUUUCCCUUUUGAGCAUAAAAUAUCUGGGGAUGGACACUCUUCUUAAUUUGCUUGUUGCAACCUGUAUAAAAAAUUGUUUUGAGAAGUGCUCGGAAUAUCAAGCAUGACGUGUCUAUAUUUGUUUUCUCCCGUA